UUAUCGAUGUUUGAAAAACAUCGAUACUUCGUUUGCAUAUAUAUUUGUUGGACGGUCUCUUUCUUUUACUUCCUUUUCUUAUCAAGCGAGCAGCAAAAUGUCGAAAAGAGGACGUGGUGGUACCGCGGGAGGAAAGUUCCGCAUUUCCCUCGGUUUGCCAGUGGGCGCUGUGAUGAAUUGCGCCGAUAAUACAGGUGCUAAGAAUCUGUACGUUAUUGCUGUGCAUGGUAUACGUGGUCGAUUGAAUCGUCUGCCCGCUGCUGGAGUUGGUGACAUGUUCGUCGCUACCGUGAAAAAGGGCAAACCUGAGCUGAGAAAAAAGGUCAUGCCAGCCGUAGUAAUCCGGCAACGCAAACCAUUCAGAAGGAGGGAUGGCGUGUUCAUAUACUUUGAAGAUAACGCGGGGGUGAUAGUGAACAAUAAAGGUGAAAUGAAAGGUUCCGCCAUAACCGGCCCUGUGGCGAAGGAAUGCGCAGAUUUGUGGCCUCGUAUUGCAUCUAAUGCCAGUUCUAUCGCCUAAUUUCGAAAAGAAUAAUACCAACUCCUCAUAUUGUUUAAUAAAUUACAUUUAAAUAUAAUGUUUUAUUAUACAAAUUA